UCAGGCCGCCAGCGACCGCCAGCCCUCGAGCGGAUGACAGUAGAUCCUGGUACGGACGGGCGGGUCGUGCGCUUGUCGAUGCUGCUGGUAGAGGUGGUUGGGAGGGAGCGGCGGGUUGGUGUUGAUCUCAAAGCCACCUUGGUCCUUGAUGGCCCGCAGUGUGUUGCCGUGCUGGAAUAGCUGGAAGGUCGUGUUGUCGCCGAAGUCGAUGUGCAU